GUCAGGUGGAUGUUACGAGGGGGGCUGGUGGAAUGAUCCCUUAACUCCCCCAACUUUUUCAUUUGGGUGUGGAAGAUCAGUUCAUAUUGAAACGAAACACGACUGGAGGGGCUCCAAGUUUAAUAAUGUGUUAUGUCUACAAUCUGUUUGUGUGUCCUUGGUGCACGAAGAAUGCGGUUGGCUUUGAAUGGCCUACGCGCCUAUAGAACUUGCGGUAUACUGGUCUGUCGUUCCAGAGCUGUAAUAGCCUAAUGUAUGCGCGCACAACUCUAACCAUCGCGGUCCCUUUAAUUGUCUCCGCUGCUGCCGUACCGAUGGUGGGUGAGCGAGCUAGCAAGCGAGUGCGCGCGCCUGAGGCCUGACAGUGGGACAAGUCACGAGAAUGAUGAGACUAUGGAUCUUGCCCGGGACACGAGCUGGACUCUACAGUGAUGGAGAAUGGCCUGUCCGGUAUUUUCACAAUGUCCUCAUGCAGCAACAGGAUGACCAGAUUGUCCAUCUGCCCGUGGGAGAGCUCAGAACCUGGCAGUAACUGUUACCAUCUAAACUUAGAAUCAACCAAGACCCACACUGCAACUCUGACACAUCCACCUCGAGUGGCUGACGUCAGACGCUGACUCAAGACCUGGCUCCAUCACCCUCUUCAUCCCUUCAUUCUCAUUGCCGAAAGAGACCUAACAGCACGACCAGGCAAAGGGGAGAACUUUUAAUCAUGUAUAGCUGACGCGCCCCAGCGCGUACAGUCAGGCCUUCUCUCAGAACAAGAUGCACAGUGGAUCCAGAGGCUCCGGACAUGAAGGCAGCUCUUCACGGUCGCCACGGUUACCCAGGUCCUCCAAGCAGGGUCCUCGCAAACUGGGAGGGGCCAGCGGGUCGGCGUCAAAGACAGGUGUGGAAGCUGGGACAGUGGUGGGAUUGAGAUCAGGGCUCGCACCCGGUUCUGUGUCGGGGCUUGCGCCGGGGUCAGUGUCAGGGCCAAGAGCAGGGCCUAGUUCAGGGUCUGGGACUGGGGCAGGGACGGGAUCAAGGAAUGGGUCGCGAUCGAGGACAGGGACAUGGUCGGGAUCAGGAGAGAGACCAGGGUCAGGCUCCAAAUCGGGUACCACCGACACAGGUGGUAAAACCAUGUCUAUGGAGAACGUCCAGUCCCUGAGCGCUGCCUACACCUCAUCUGGACCCGUCUACCUGAGUGACCGUGACGGUCUGGGGUCAUCGGGGGGUUACCCCAAAGGAACCAUGACCCUAGGCCGCAACACCACCCGCAACACCAGCCGGACCUCUUACGCAGACCGGACCACAGCCAUGGGCAGCAGCCCCAACAUCACCUCCACCUCCUUGGGCACGGCCCACUCCCCAGACGCCUACGGGGAGCAGCACACCCAGCAUCUCCAGACGGGAGGGCCUUCAGGGCUGCUGCGGCAGGCUGGCCGAGGUGCAUCGGGCCUGGGCUCGGCUGUGGGAGGAGAAGGGUUGUCACUGGACCUCCAGGAUCAGCUCAGGGAGCUGCAGAGAGAGAACGAG